AUGCAGGGCUGCACAUCAAAAUUCUCCAGGCAGGACAACAUGAUGCAACAUUAUCGUACACAUUUGUCAUCUAAAAGCCGACGUGGAUCCAAGUCCGGAAUUCAGACGUCACCUCCGUUUUCAUCACAUCAACCUCACCGGGUCUCCGAUAUGUUGACGCUUGACGAACCGCCGACCAAACGUGUCAGGCGUAGUGCUGCCGUAACGACGACCGCUUGCGAUUCCGCCAUAGCCUCGCUGUCACCGCCGUCGCCGAUAACAACAAUACCACCACCACCUUCAACGGCCGCGGCGACCCCGACCUAUUCACCCACCUACGAAAAUCUUCCGCUACCGAACUCCAUGUUGCCACCCGUCAGAUCUGUGAUCCCAGAGCGGCAAGGAGUCAUGCUACCACCGAUUCACACCCUGACACCAUCGACCCUUCCGCCGCCUCCAAAUCAUCAGAUGAAUGGUGAAAAUCGUUUGAU